UCCGCGGUGCUGUCAUCUGGCGGGUCGUGUGGGAGGCUGUGAUGCGGCGGUGUGCGAGGCGAGACGGCGGAUAAAGUGGGGUGGCGAGUUAUGUCUUUGGAAUCCCGGCCCAGCAAUUCGCUUUUCAAGCGAAAAGAGCAGCUCAAGCGCUGGGAGGACUCCGAGACGAACCUCGAGAGCGCCGAGCCGCCGCCGGACAAGGCACCCCGGAUCAAGUUCAGCGAUGGAUGCGUGUUCCUCGCUGCCUGCGCCGCCGGAGAUACGGCCGAAGUCGAGCGUCUGCUCGCCGCCGGCGCCGACAUCAACACGACGAACGUCGACGGGCUCACCGCGCUGCACCAGGCAUGCAUCGAUGACAACAUGGGGAUGGUGGAGUUCCUUGUGGAGCAUGGGUGUGACCUCAACCUCGGCGACAACGAGGGCUGGACGCCGCUCCAUGCUACGGCCUCCUGUGGCUUUGUCAGUGUGGCCAGGUACCUGAUUGAGCAUGGAGCAGAUGUCUCCCUAGUGAACAACGAUGGUGACCUGCCCAUUGACAUCGCCGAGUCUGAGGAGAUGGAGGAGUUGCUGCAAGCCGAGAUUGACAGGCUCAAUGUGGACUGCGAGGCGGCUCGGAACGAGGAGGAGCGGCUAAUGCUGGAGGACGCCAAGCAGAUGCUGAACAACAACCGGGUGCCGGACAAGGUGCACCCUAAGACGGGCGCCACCUCUCUCCAUGUGGCAGCUGCCAAGGGCUACCUCAAGGUCAUGAGUGUGCUGAUCCAGGCCGGCGUGGACCUGAACGCUCAGGACGUGGACGGCUGGACGCCCCUGCACGCUGCUGCACACUGGGGGCAGAAGGCGGCCUGUCGUCUGCUCUGCGAGAACCUGGCCAAUAUGGCCCUACCCAACUGCGUGGGCCAGACGUGCUUCGACCUGGCCGACCCUGAAGUGCUGCCUGUGCUAGAGGAGCUUCGCAAGAAGCAGGACAGCAUGCAAAAGGAGCGUCCUGAAAUCCAGGAGAUUCUGGAGCGUAAAGCUCAGCGGCCACCGCCCCUCAAGCGCCGAACGUCCGUCACACGCAUGAGCUUGGCCGACAAGAACAGCGUCGUGGUGAAGGACACCUCGUCUGAGCGCAAUGCCAUCGAGUCGCAACUCCUGCUCGCCAAGGUCGACGAAGAGGCUGAGCGCAAGUCAGAGGAGCGGGAGAUCCGGUUGCACCCAAGCUCACCUGAGGAGCGGCAGGUGGCACGAAAGAACGAGGUGAACCGAGCCGUGAGCAAUGCGUACCUGGGCACCGACACCUCUGCGGACAACAAGCCGAAGUCGCAGCCGGAAAAGGAGGAGGAGGUGACGCUGGCGCUGAGGCGGCUGCGGCGACCGAGUCCCGACAACGCGGAGCCGGUCUCUGCGGAGGUGACGGUCACCCACCCCGGGCUGGCCCCGAGGACCGUCGAAUCACCGCCCGUCACCGUGGCAACCAUCACCAUCGACGACAAGAAGAAAGAGCCUUCACCGCCUGCAGAAAUUGUCACGCUUCGAAAACCACUCCGGGUCAGCGCCGACAGCGGGGUAACGGAGGUCACGACCUCCGCGCCAUCCACACCGCCCACCGACAACACCCCGAAAAGAACCUUUGUGCUACCGGUACGGGACGAGGAAUCUGAAACGCAGAGGAAAGCCCACGCAAAGCGAGUCCGAGAAACGAGACGGUCGACGCAGGGCGUGACGCUAGAGGACGUCAAAUCGGCUGAGCAACAGCUUCUGAAGCGUCAGCAGGAACUCGAGGACAAGAAGGAGGACAAGCCGCCCCCGCCAACAGUCAUAGGCGUGGCGCCCGUUGCCACGACGACCACAACUACCACCACCACCACUACCACCACGACAGAAGAGCUUGUGCGCCGGCAUUCCUGGAGGAACAGGGACAAGGAGGAAGAACCACCCGCAGUCCGAGUGGUCCCCAGCAGUCCCGAAACAACACCGGUGGUGACCUUCGUUAUGCCCAGGGCGCGAAGUCAGAGGGGAGUGACCGCUACCCCUGCUCCCGAAGUCAGCCACACAGUCACAGUCCCCAUUCGGCCGCGGGGCGUCGUGGACGACACGGCAAUCACCACCAGGGAAGCGGGUGACGGGGACAAGGACGAUACCAAGACCAAUGCGCAGUCGGCGAUUUCAAGGCGAAGGCGGCCAAAGCGGAGGUCGACAGGCGUCGUAUACCUCGAAGGAGACAACAUUGGUGGCCAGGAGUCUUUGGCAGACCAGGAAGGAUCGGAUCGGGAUAAACUGAGGAUAGGCGCUGUCAACGACCUUUCCAACGACGCAGAGAGCACCCCAGACACGGUUCGGGGUCGCAGCGGAUCCGCGGGCUCCGUAGCGGACAGCACCAAGUCCGAGACAGAGUCGCGGCUCAGUAGCAGUGCAGCCAGCCUUCAGGACGAUGACGAGCUCGACUACAAAAAGCUCUACACUGACCUGAAGGAGGACUACAACAAACUGAAAGGCAAGCUGUCUCGGACCGAAGAUGAGCUUGAAACGACGAGACGUCAGCUCGAGAAGGCACAGUUGAACAAUCGGAACUCGCUCAGUGAUGCUGAGAAGAGGGAACGUCGAGCACUCGAGAGGAAAAUCUCGGAAAUGGAGGAGGAGCUCAAGGUUCUGGCUCAGCUCAAGGCCGAGAACGCCAAGCUCAAGGCUGAAAAUCGUGCGCUGACGCGCGUCGUGUCGAACUUGUCCAAAUGAGGAAGCAAUCGGAACAGCUGCGAGCCGAAAAUGCACGGCUGCGCGAGGAGAAUGGUGCCCUGAUACGCGUCAUCAGCAAGCUGUCCAAGUAGCCCUCCCCCCCAAUCCCCACCCCCUCGGCAGAGGCGGCACCGUCUUCCUCCCACAACACUUUCUCGUCUUCGCUUGUCCAUCGAUCCAUCUCUCCGCUGCGGGGAAAGCGAGAAUGCUCAGCGCUUGUUUGCUCUUCGCUGACCGCCAUCGUUUUUGUUGUUUGCCCGCUGCCUCAUUGUUGGCUUGACCUUCUCUCGGCUUGAAUCGGCACACCGAGUGACCUUUUCUGGAACGAAUGCUUCAGCGGCCUCAGCAGUUCGUGUGUAGAGAAACUUGAGCCACCAGUACACUCUGAGGAAAGUUUGCGCCCUCUGGGGCUUGUCCUGUCCCCGGACGAUAAUUUGUCACCUACAAUGCAUGCCUUUGCAUUCUUCAACACAGCACGCUCUGUGCUUUUGUGUCACAAAUGGCAAGCGCGUACCAGCGUGACGUGGCAUGCGUGACAGGAAAGUCAUGAGCUCAGAGUGCUAAAGAAAGGAAAUGCUCACAAGAUAGGUGACGAUUUGGGGACAAGAUAAACAUUUCCCCGAGGCUGUAAACAUUUUGUAGUGUAUAUCUUGUACAGCGGUCAGGUCGGCACGCACUUCCCAGGAACGUUGGCAUGCCUGGAAUGUGUUUUUGAGUGUGUUGCCAUGCGUGGCAUUUAGGUGAUGUUUGGAAUGUUGCUGUUUUUGUUUUUUUUCUGUACACUGGCUGUGGCUCCACCAGCAGUCCUCAAAUCUGCCUUGCUCGGUGUUCAAACUUCUAGCCUCUCCUGCAGGCAGUGCUGCCAGUUUAGCUGACUUUAAACUUAUUUAGUGGCGAUAGAAGAUUGUUUUAGUGUUUUUAGCAGGUAGGUUUUCGUUGUGCGUUUCCAAAAGUAUUUUGAUCAUUCAUAGUGGAUUCCAAAUGUUUGUUUGGUAACUGAACCCUUGCCAGAAAAAUUAAUCUUGAUUUUGAGUAAUUGUCAUUGUAAUACAUUGUCAUUAUUUUGUGAUUGAUGUCUGAUUGACUCCCAUUGAGGCAAACCCGAUUAAGCCGUAAAAGAAAAAAGCCUUGAUUAGCAUAAAUUGCAAAUUCGGUUUAGCCGAACUUGGCGUGAAGCCAAUAUCGGUAGACUUGGAAGGGGAGAGACUGUAACAUGAAAGCACUGAAUAAUUUUUUGACAAAUUAGGUGAAUUGUUAGCAUUUGUGAUAGCGCAUAUGUUUGCAGAGCAUCAUCAAGCAUUGUUUACCCAACAUACUAAAGCAGAGUGCAUAAAGGAAUCGUUUGGUUUUAGUGCUGUUUUAUUUAUUUUGUGACAUCAAUAUUUAGGUGCAUCUGGAAUAGUAAAUGUUUUGUGAAUUGCUUCUCUUGAGAUGAACAAAAUUUCACAGUCCCUUCGAGUUUGUGUUCACCGGAGUCUAUUGACAUUACAGUGAAACCUGUUUGUGUACUUAAAAUUCCGACGUUUCGUGGAGCAUAGAACAUAUCUCAGGGCACACUCAAUGCAGCAGCGAGUAACCCUAAUAGGUGACACUUCUGCUGCUUAAUGCUCGUUAUCUAUAUUUGAUCGUACUUCUCGCUAAAGUUUUGCUUCACGUGUUCACACAUGUAUUUAGCAGAUUUCAAGCUUUGUUUUUAGCAGAAUGCUUGGCAAUGAAAGACGGCAGCACUGCCUGCAAGUGGGCUCACCUGCAUGGCUGGCCACUGCCGGGUGAGUACCUUGAGGUGCAGCACCAUUUUGCCGCGCUCAGCUGUCACUUUCCUGUCGUCUGCACCAGCAGGUUGGAAACUGCAUUCAGUGUUUGUAACGAAUGACCCAGUACUGGCCAGUAGGAACAAAUUCAAAGCCCUGUGAUAACCGAAGCAAGAUUGCAGUUAUGUUGGAACUGACGUCCAUCGAGCAUUCAUUUGGCAGUCCUGCAUCGAGGCCUCGUUAACAGCGGCCCUUGUUGAAACCGAUGUGGCAAAAGGCUUGUCGGUCAUGUUAAGAUGAGGUCGCAUGCGCCAAGUUUCUGCAAGACUUUUUUUAGUUGAAUAGCAAGUUGCUAUCACGAUAGAUUUUUUUUUUUUUGCCGAAUGCUUGCAACUUUUGCGGUGUUAGACUGUUGUGAAGUGAGCGCACUUUGCAUUGAAAGGGGAUCAGUGUAUUUCGCGACAGCUUCCGAGACAAUUCGCCGGCCCUGAAGAGCCGAUAUGUGGACCAGCCGGACAUGUGGUCACAAAUGUAUUGGUAAGGCCGUAGUUUGUCGGAGCGCAGUUUCGUAAUAAGACCCUCGCUGCAAAGCCGUUGUGAGAGGUGCGAAUAAGCCAGACAAUUUUGGUUGUGCAUGGUCUACGUUAUGCGAGACUUGUCUUGCGUAAUGAUGAACUAUGUAUGCAGUUGCGAUGGUGCAACUACGGAGAUGUGAGGCGUGCAACCCCAUAGGUGGCAGAUAGAGAUUAUUGCAGUGCACACGAUUUUGUUGAGAGUAUGUGGAGGUGUUUAAAGCCCAGUCCUUCCCGUGCACAGAGCGUUGAAAGAAGCAGUGUUGACGAGAGUUUGACAGCCACAACCCUUCAUUUCUUCCUUUUUUUGUCUAGUCUGAUGUACAUGGGUUGCUUGUACUCUUGCUCAUCUGUUGCCCAACAACUUUCAUCCUUAUUAGGGCAUAUGCUUGCUUUUUAGCUGCUGUGAUGCAAUCAUCGCUUCUGACUGGGACAGUGUUAAACAGACAGUGGGAAAACGAUAAUGAUGGCACCAGUGUGGCCAUGGCUGCCAUUGCAGCACGCCUGGAAGAGUUCAUCUACAACCAGGGCCUUCGCAUUGUGCUUGCACUACACUGUUAAACUCUUGUUUCAGGUCUGAUGCCUAAUCAAGCACAGUAGUUUGUAGUAGAAUUCACCCCAACCACAACCCUUUCAGUCAGUUUUUUUUUUUUUUUCGCUCGCAUUUUGUAAAGCCAAACUCUUUGGGGUUUAUAGGUUGUUACUGAAUGGUUGACACUAUUUUUUUUGUUGCUCUACAUACGUGACAAGAGAAAUUGUGUUGCUUUGUAACAUUGCACUUGUCAAAGUUGUCUGUCAAAGUUUUCAAAUUGUGCUUUAUCUUGCUUCUGGCACCUUCAUUCUCUGGUGGCCUGUUGGCAUUCGUCUGCUGGAUGGUACUUUGUAAUUACUCGCGCAGUUGUGCUGCUCCCUGGUUGCAAAAUUGCCCCGAGUGCUGUCGUGCAAAUGCGUGUUUUUUUUUUUUUUUAAUGCACGCCGCGCUUCGCUGCGUUUGGCAUAAGCUACUUUAAAGUAAGAUUUGUGUGCGAUGCUGGAGUUGCCAAGAGUUAUUUUGGGCUUGAACGUUUAAUUCAUUUAGCUUUAUUUGCACCGAAGGGACGUUUACACCUUUAGGCAAUUUUACGGUAGCCCAAUUUUUUUUCUACUUUCAGAGCUUGUAACACAAUAUGUGUGAAUUUUUUUUCUUUCGUUUUCACUGAGGUCUGGUAAAAUGUGCGUGUAUGUGUAUGUGAAGAUUAGUAAGCAAGCAGUGGUGAGGCGCCUUGUUUUGUGAAUCGAUGAAAAGCCCAUAUUAAGAACCGUGUACGUGACGGUAGAGUAUUGAAUCUUCCUCAAGGUUCUCUUGUGAGCUUUUAUUGUAAGGUUAAUACGGGCCUGUCAUGUGCUAUAAUUCUGUCACACUAAGAAAUAGUCUGCACUGAAAUUUAAAAGAAGUGACUUGAGUCUUAACGAAGUAUUGGUUAUUCUGUCAGGUCGCUUCAUCAUUGUGUUUGCCUUAGGCACAACCUAGGGCAGUCCAUCACAUUUCUGGAGACCUGUAUAGUGAACAACACCAAGUCACCAAACGACAAGCUUUUGCCUCUUGCGAGGCCCAAACCCCAGUGCCAUGAAAUAUUUGUUCCUAAACUAGCCGUUGGAGAGAAUAUACUGGAUGUCGACACCAACCUUUCUCGUCCCGCGUAUCUCGGGCACAUUUCUUUCUUCGUGCAAGGCUAUGUGUCGUGUACUUUCAAAUUGCACAGACUACUUGGACGUGAAAAGCACAUAUAGAAGCACUGCACAUUUGUGUGUCACUUUACCCACAGCCCUUGGGUAAUUGUCAAGAACAAAACACGACGUAGGGCAGGAUUGCAUUAAGAAAUCGCAGGUCGUCUUUCCCAACACUACACAUCAGUGUGCUCUCUAUUCUGUACAUAUCUUUCCUGCCUGGCCAGCAUGUCAGUAUCUCGCACGCUGCAUCAUGUCGCAUCGUGACAUGCUGUGCACUAUGGUGCCUUGGACCCUACAAAGCCAAUCGAGCGUUAUAGCCCGUUUUUACUUAAAAAGUCUUUUCUGGAGAAUGUAACUUCACCGAAGUUUUGUGUAACUCAUAGUACAACAGAGUGUCAUGUUUUAUGAAGAGUCACGAAUAUGGUAGUUGACAGAGCUUUUUUUUUUUUUCUUUUGCAUUCGCCAGUGGCUGCUCUCUCAGCCUACUACAGUUAUUUGUUCUGAUUGCAAAGAAUGUGUGCGUAUGUGUGUGCGUGUGAUGCUGCGGUUUGUAAGCGGCUACACGCCGAGGUUGAGGCAUAGCUCAAGCAAAACUGCAGACUUCUCCGCAUUGUAGGACAGGACAGUGAAGCAUUUUCGACGUGGACGUUUAAUAUAUUUAUUUAUGAAGCGCCUGCACAUGUGGGCUGCAGUGUUUUUACCCAUGCUGUGUUUCUCGUUCAGUUUAUCCCACCCACCCCCUCCCCUUCCCUGUCGCUUGAUAUAUUCCCUGGACAGAACGAACUUCGCUGUGCCUGUGUUGUACGAAGUGUUUUAUUGAAGUCGUGGGCGCUCAUUCCUGCGAAGGAAUUUCAGUGUCUCCUCUCAGAUGAAUGUUUGUAAUAAAAGCUUUUUUUUUUUUUUU